CGGCCCUUCGAGGCGGCACAGUCUCUGACCGAGCGGCGGGAGCGAGGGUUCAGAGAUGGGCAGCGAAAAGGAACAGAGGCCAGAACCCGACUUGCCUGAGGAGCAGGGCGAACUUUGGAGAGCAAAUGAUGGAGGCCUUCAGAUCCCAGGUGAGGAGAAACCACAUCAGCAGCAGAACCCGGCGGAAUGGCCAGAGGGGCUCCACCCUCAUCCCCAAGUAUUAUGGCAGAAAGUCCCUGCCCCAGCUGGAGAGCCAGGUGGCCUGGGUCCUAUUGCUUAUCUAAAGCCUGUGGCCAGACAGAGGUCUUUUAUAUGUGCCCAGUGUGGCAAAACCUUCAAUAACCCCUCCAACCUGAGAACACACCAGCGGAUCCACACUGGUGAGAAGCCUUACAAGUGCUCUGAGUGUGGGAAGAGCUUCUCAAGAAGCUCCAACCGCAUCCGCCAUGAGCGCAUCCACCUGGAGGAGAAGCUCUACCAGUGUCCUAAGUGCCAGGAGAGCUUCCGGAGGCGGUCAGAUCUCACCACGCACCAGCAAGAUCACAUGGGCCAGCGGCCCUAUCGCUGUGACAUCUGCGGCAAGAGUUUUGGCCAGAGCUCUGCGCUAGCUGUGCAUCACCGGACCCACCUGGAGCCAGCACCCUACAUCUGCUGCGAGUGUGGGAAGAGCUUCAGCAACAGCUCAAGCUUCGGUGUGCACCACCGCACCCACACCGGCGAGAGGCCUUAUGAGUGCACCGAGUGUGGGCGGACUUUCAGCGAUAUCUCCAACUUCGGAGCCCACCAGAGGACCCACAGAGGGGAGAAGCCCUACCUGUGCUUGGUCUGUGGAAAGUACUUCUCCCGAAGCUCCAAUCUCAUUCGCCACCAGAAAACCCACAUGGACGAGCAGGCUGAUAAGGACUACUACUUAUGGGGGAGCCUGGGGUCUGGGGGAGACACCCAGCUGUCUAGUGGAGGAAGAUCUUCAGCAUCCACUUCUGCCCCCAUAGCCUCAAGCCCCCUCCCUCAUGUUUUGGAGAAUGGUUUCCUAGCACCUUUGAAGCCAGCAUCUCCAGGAAGUCCCGAGAAGGGACUCAAGUAAAAAUGACCCCCCCCCUUUUUUUCCCUUUCCAGGCUGAUUUCUUGCCCUGGAAAAUGAGAGGGUGUGUUCUUAGCUUUAUCUCCUUGGGUGGAAAUAGAAGUAGGGUAGUACUCGCACACAUCAUUAGGGCACCGUUCCUUGACCCUUGAGGACAUACCUGCGUGAUGGGCAUAACCGCUUGUGGCCCUCUCAAUGGUGUAUGAACUGCUUAGGGCACGGUGCCAUGGCCUGCUUGCUCCUGCCUUCUGUGCCCCAGCUUUGCUUUGCAUUCCUGGCUGGGCGGAGCCGCCUGCAGUGGAGGGACCUUGUGACCAGGAGAAGAGGUCUGAGGUCCAGCCUUAGAAUGAAAGAAGCCCUCAGGGAGCUGGGAUCCAGGGACCUCACUCUUCCCCUUGUCUGAUUGUUACCCCCACCCCACCUCACAUGUUCUUUCCCUGAGUAUUAGCAGUAAAACCCUUCAAAGAAA